CAUACAGUUUACAUCUUAUUUGCAUGUCCGAUUAAAAAAGGAUUGAACUGUGUUGGUUGGGUGGCUAACUUUACCUCAGUACGUUGGACGGUGGUCGUUAACCAUCCUUGCUACUCGUGGACAUUCAUAGAAAGCUUUUGGUGGGGUCUGAUGACUAUUACAACUGUAGGAUAUGAUCUUAAUCCGAAAACACUAUUAGGAAAACUUAUAGGUGGAUUCUGUGCACUGUCCGGCGUAUUUAUCUUGACUCUACCUAUACCCAUAGUUGUAAACAGCUUUGCUAGCUACUACAAAAACAGGCUGUGGAGGAACGAGGUUGAACACAAAAAGAGAGAGAGAACAUUACAGAUUGCCAGUGAACUCAGACAACAACAACAAUUCUCACUUUUCCAGGCUAUGGCAGCCCCGGGAAUAAAUGUGGUUGCAGCAGAUAAUCUGUUAUCGCCAUCACCUGUGAAAAAUCUAGAAUAAAAACAUUGCAAUCAGCUGUAUCCUGUAUCAAUGAAGUGUGUUCCUGUAUCCUGUAUAAUGAAGUGUAUUCCUGUAUCCUGUAUCAAUGAAGUGUAUUCUUGUAUCCUGUAUAAUGAAGUGUAUUCCUCUAUCCCGUAUCAAUUAUAUGUAUGAUGUAUCUUGUAUCAAUGAAGUGUAUUCUUGUAUCCUGUAUCAAUGAACUGUAUUCUUGUAUCCUGUAUCAA